UUAACACUUCCAGCAACUAGGGUUUUUAUCUUCUGUCAGGGCAAGUGAUUCCGGCACACUCACAGAUCUGUCCGCCGUUGCCGAACACUCAGAGAUCUGUGAAGAUGUACACGUCAAGGCAAAAGAUUCACAAAGACAAAGAUGCUGAACCUUCUGAAUUUGAGGAGUCCGUUGCACAGGCUUUGUUUGACUUGGAAAACACCAACCAAGAGCUGAAAAGUGAAUUGAAGGAUCUAUACAUCAAUUCAGCAGCUCAAAUUGAUGUGUCUGGAAGUAGGAAAGCUGUUGUUAUUCACGUGCCAUACAGACUGAGGAAAGCUUUCCGCAAGGUUCAUGUCCGGCUUGUUAGGGAGUUGGAGAAGAAAUUCAGUGGAAAGGAUGUGAUCUUCAUUGCCACAAGGAGGAUAGUUAGGCCCCCCAAGAGAGGCUCUGCUGCCCAGCGACCACGCAGCAGGACUCUUACUUCUGUUCACGAUGCUAUAUUGGAGGACUUGGUUGUACCAGCUGAGAUUGUUGGGAAGCGAACUAGAUAUCGUAUUGAUGGAUCCAAGAUAAUGAAGGUCUUCUUGGACCCCAAGGAGCGCAACAACACCGAGUACAAGCUGGAGACCUUUUCUGCAGUUUACAGGAAGCUUUCAGGCAAAGACGUCGUGUUUGAGUACCCCAUCACAGAGGCUUAAAACAUACAAAAUAGUGGUCUUGAUCUCUUCGAUGCAGAACUAUAAAUUAGUGGCUACUUUAUAAAUUUUGGCAUUUAAAUUUUGUUUGGAAGGCAGAGGACAGUGUUAAAACUGGUUUUGAGUUUCUGUGGAAUUUUGUUCCAAUCUGCUAGAAAGAUAAUUCAACUUGUUUUAUAAAUCUUUUACCGUGCUAUUUCCACCAUUUUAUGCUGAA